CAGGAUAUCUGGAUAUCUUUGAGUAUGUCUCAUUGUGCUCUUGUAUGUUUUCUUUUCUCAUAUUUGGCAUGUGUACAGUCGCUCCAUAAGCCGUCUAGGCAUCGCUAUGGGUGUGGCCAUGGUAUGUUCUAUUCCAUAUAUGCGUGUAUUUCUGAGCUCGCUAAGCCAAAUCUUAUACAGGUCUCGCUUGCCACCAUUCCAGCUGGCUUCGACUUCUGCAGUCUAUUAGUCUAUUUCGAUACGUUUAUCUUCACGUUGCGAAAUGCGGUUGGGGUAUCCGAGCAGCACAGGGCUAGCCAUGGGCAGAACGGAAAGGCAAAGAAAUCGAGCCCUAGGAAGCCUAACGGAACCCUAUGGGAAGAGAGCCCUGCAACCAUUAUGCACCCUGAGCUGCCCAUCGGUGUUGGUCUCCUUGAUGAUAGUGGUGAUGUCCCAUUGAGCGUAAAUUUUCGGACAUCGACAACAUGCUAUCUAGAACUAGCUAUAGUCUUGCCACAAAGCGAGCAGAAAGGAGAGGUCAUAAAUUUGAGAGAAAGUAAGGUCAAGCCAAACACGAAAGGGGCACGAAAUUCUAGAACUGGAGAGACGUCAUCUAUGGAGUGAGACGCUACGGAACUUCUAACCAGACUUCAAGGAUCCGUAUGAAGACAAGUCGUUCAAUGGGCGUAGACGGAACUUUAGCGUCAACGACCACUCCAGGCAUCACACAACGCGACGAAACCAUCAUUAUAGAGGCUACAAACCAAAGGAGGUAACCGUACAAAUAAUAGUAUCGCCUGGAAGCGACAGGAGUCCAUGCAUGAUGAGCUGCAGCGUCACCUCCUGGAUGUUGGCGGUAGUACAUGUGCUGCCUUCUAUGACUUACGGUCGCCGGAACAAUGAGCC